AUGGGCAUCUCCAAGCGCGAUCCGAUCAUUAUUGUUGGUGGAGGUGCCUUUGGGCUCUCGACUGCUCUGCAUUUGACUCGCUCCGGCUUUACCGAUAUCUCUGUUUUCGAAAGAGACGACCAUAUCCCUCCCCGAUACUCAGCCGCCAAUGAUCUGAACAAGAUUGUGCGUGCAGAGUAUGAGGAUCCAUUCUACACGGACUUGACGAUUAAAGCCAUCGCCGCAUGGAAGACCCCUCUUUUCGCACCCCACUUCCAUCAGACAGGAUUCCUCCACUGCGUCUCUGGCGAGGCACCCCAAAAGGCUAUCGACACUCUCAAUAGGUUCCGCGCCUCAGCAGAUGGUAACGAGCAGAUCAAGCCUCACGUCGUGCCUCUCAAAGACCAGAACGACAUCCGUCAAGCCUGUUGGCAGCUCAACGGCCCAUUGCCCGGCUGGACCGGAUACCUCAACCGCUUCGACGGGUACGCUCACUCCGGCAACGCGCUGGCAGGUGUCCACCGGGCCGCCCAGGCAGCAGGCGUGCGAUUCUAUCUCGGGAUGCACGGUGCAGUCGACGAAAUCGUCUAUGUCAGCACCCUGCAAGGCAAGAAGAGCUCCGGGAUCCGCACGAAGGACGGAAAAUUCCACCCGUCCUCCCUGGUCAUCGUCGCUGCUGGCGGUGCUGUGGGCCGUCUGGUACCGGAGAUCGGCAAGAAGGUCGUGGCGAAGUCGUGGUCUGUUGCGCAUGUGCAUUUGACAGAUGAAGAGACCUCAGCAUUGCGCGGAAUUCCGGUCACGUAUGCGCGUGAUCUGGGGUUCCUGUUUGAACCGGAUCCUCGGACUAAUUUGUUGAAGAUCUGUCCUAUGGGUGGCGGGUAUGUUAAUACUGAUCCUGAGACGGGGGUUUCGCAUGCUCCAGCGACUCUGGAAGAAAGUGCGUUUGUGCCUGAGCAUGAUGAGGCGCAGAUGAGGAAAUUGCUUGCGCACACUCUGCCGGCUCUUGCUGGGCGGCCGCUGGUGAAGAAGUCCCUUUGUUGGUUCGCUGAUACUGAUGACUCGGACUUUAUCAUUGAUUAUGUGCCUGAGACUUCGUCUUCGGUUGUUAUCUUGUCUGGUGAUUCUGGGCAUGGGUUUAAGAUGUUUCCAAUCUUUGGAUCGUGGGUUUUCGGGUUAAUCCAAGCUGGCCGGCAAAGCGAAGCACGGUGGAGGUGGAAGUAUAGCAACUCCGAUAAGGAAAAGGAGAACUGGGGCGGCGAUGUCAGCUGGCGUAUUGGGGAGUCGAAGGAGCUUUCCGAGAUUCGGCCUGGUGUAUCGGCUAAGCUAUAG